UUGGCCAAUCGACUGACAGUGGGGCGCUGUGGAUAGACUCGAAUUGCUUUAAGGUCAUUCACAGUUGGGAAGUGCGUGCCCAUCUGCAACGGAGGCUGAGAACGCAAGGAAACACGGCAGCACAAGAACAAGAACAAGUUAAAAAUCCAAAAUGUCUUUGUCAAAUAAACUCACUUUGGAUAAGGUGGACGUGAAGGGCAAGCGUGUCAUCAUGAGGGUUGAUUUCAACGUGCCCAUGAAGGACAAUCACAUCACCAACAACCAGAGGAUCAAAGCUGCCGUUCCCUCCAUCCAGCACUGCCUGGACAAUGGAGCCAAAGCAGUGGUUCUGAUGAGUCACCUGGGCCGGCCUGACGGUGUCCCCAUGCCUGACAAGUACUCCCUGAAGCCCGUGGCUGCUGAGCUGAAGACACUGCUGGGCAAGGAUGUCAACUUCCUCAAGGACUGCGUUGGCCCUGAGGUCGAGGCGGCAUGUAAAGAUCCUGCUGCUGGUUCCGUCAUCCUGCUGGAGAACCUGCGGUUCCACGUCGCUGAAGAGGGCAAGGGCAAGGAUGCCUCUGGAAACAAGACCAAAGCAUCUCAGGAGCAGAUCGACUCCUUCAGAGCCUCCCUGUCCAAACUGGGCGACGUCUACGUCAACGAUGCUUUCGGCACCGCACACAGAGGGCACAGCUCAAUGGUGGGCGUGGACCUGUCCCAGAAGGCCGCUGGCUUCCUCAUGAAGAAAGAGCUGGACUACUUUGCCAUGGCCCUGGAGAAACCCCAGAGGCCCUUCCUGGCCAUCCUCGGAGGCGCUAAGGUCAAAGAUAAGAUUCAGCUGAUCAAUAACAUGCUGGACCAAGUCGACGAGAUGAUCAUCGGCGGUGGCAUGGCCUUCACUUUCCUGAAGGUCCUCAACAACAUGGAGAUUGGAACUUCCCUGUAUGAUGAAGAGGGUGCCAAGAUCGUCAAGGAGUUGAUGGCUAAGGCCGAGAAGAACAAAGUGAAGAUCAACCUACCUGUGGACUUUCUCACUGCCGAAAAAUUCGAUGAGCAUGCAACCACAGGCACAGCCCUUGUGGCCGAUGGCAUUCCUGCCGGCUGGAUGGGUCUGGACUGUGGCCCUGAGAGUUCCAAGCUGUUUGGAGAGGCAGUGGGCCGCGCCAAGCAGAUCGUGUGGAACGGGCCCGUGGGUGUGUUCGAGUGGGACAACUUCGCCAAGGGAACCAAGAAUCUGAUGGACAAGGUGGUAGAGGUGACAAAAACCGGCUGUAUCACCAUUAUCGGUGGAGGAGACACAGCUACUUGCUGUGCCAAGUGGAACACUGAGGACAAGGUCAGCCACGUGAGCACAGGGGGUGGAGCCAGCCUUGAGCUGCUGGAGGGUAAAGUGCUGCCUGGUGUGGCUGCCCUGAGCAGCGUGUAAGCCCAGAUAGUCGUGUUCCUGUUGAGAGUUUGGAAGCACUUAUCCCGGAGAUGCGCACACUCUCCAU